CAAACCCCAUCCCCUCUUUGGAUCCACACAUUGAAUUCAAUCAAUCGUCACUCUUCUCAAAGAUAGUACAAGAUUUCACGUUCAACCAUGCUUCAACAUUUCACCAUACCAAUACCAUGCCGCUUCUAAUUACUCUAUGCUGAACUGAUAUAUUAAUUCAAUUCUUCCGGCUCUCGCUUCUUAUUGAUGGGGAGUUCUGGAUGGAGCAACCACAAUAAUCAACGGUAUGGAAUAACUGAACCCAUCUCAUUGGCUGGACCAACUGAAGAAGAUGUCAUCAAAACCCGUCAACUUGACAAGUUCUUGCAAGAUGCUGCCUUGUAUGAGACUCAACAGGAGGCAAUUACCAGGGAGGAGGUGCUUGGAAGACUAGACCAGAUUGUCAAGAUUUGGGUCAAAACCAUUAGCCGUGCAAAGGAACAUAACAAUCAACUGGUGCAAGAAGCAAAUGCCAAGAUUUUUACCUUUGGCUCCUAUCGGCUUGGGGUGCAUGGCCCUGGAGCAGAUAUAGACACUUUAUGCGUGGGACCUAUACAUGCAUCCAGAGAUACGGAUUUCUUUGGUGAGCUACAUAAAAUGUUAUCUGAGAUGCCGGAAGUAACAGAGUUGCACCCUGUGCCUGAUGCUCAUGUUCCGGUGAUGAGGUUCAAGUUCAAUGGUGUUUCUAUAGAUCUCCUUUAUGCAAGAUUAUCUUUGUGGGUUAUUCCUGAAGACUUGGAUAUAUCCCAGGAGUCAGUAUUACAACAUGCGGAUGAACAAACUGUUCGUAGUCUUAAUGGUUGUAGAGUGACUGAUCAAAUCUUACGUUUGGUUCCAAAUAUUCAGAACUUUCGAAUGACAUUGAGAUGCAUGAAGCUAUGGGCAAAGCGUCGUGGUGUUUAUUCAAAUGUUACAGGUUUUCUUGGUGGUAUAAACUGGGCAUUGCUUGUAGCUCGAAUAUGCCAGCUAUUUCCUAAUGCACUGCCUAAUAUGUUAGUGUCUCGGUUCUUUAGGGUAUAUACUCAGUGGCGUUGGCCAAACCCAGUAAUGCUUUGUCCUAUUGAAGAAGGAUCUCUUGGACUUCAAGUUUGGGAUCCUAGAAAAUAUCCCAAGAAUAGAUACCAUCUGAUGCCGAUAAUUACUCCUGCUUAUCCUUGCAUGAAUUCUAGCUAUAAUGUGUCUGCUAGUACAUUGCAUAUUAUGAUGGAGGAGUUUCAGAGGGGGAGUGAAAUAUGUGAGGCUGUGGAGGCUAACAAGGCUGAUUGGGACACUCUUUUUGAGCCUUAUCCCUUUUUUGAAUCUUAUAAGAAUUAUUUGCAGAUAGAUAUUUCUGCAGAAAACGCGGAUGAUCUUAGACUAUGGAAAGGUUGGGUUGAGUCUCGUUUGCGGCAGUUGACAUUGAAGAUUGAGAAGCACACUUACGGCAUGCUUCAAAGUCAUCCACAUCCUGGUGAAUUUUCUGAUAAAUCUAGACCUUUACACUGCUCUUACUUCAUGGGUCUGCAACGUAAGCAGGGAGUUCCAGUCAAUGAUGGUGAACAAUUUGAUAUAAGAUUAACUGUUGAAGAAUUUAAGCAAACAGUCAACAUGUACAUGCUAUGGAAACCUGGAAUGGAUAUCCACAUCUCCCAUGUAAAACGCCGUAAUAUACCUAACUUUGUAUUUCCUGGAGGUGUUCGACCUUCCCGCCCAGCUAAAAUAACCUGGGAGAGUAAGCGAAAUUCAGAAUUAAUGAUAUCUGGCAAUGGUCAAGCAGAAAAGUCUGAAGAAGAUAAAGUGGUUGUCUUAGGAGAAAAUGAUGAUAGGAAGAGAAAGCAAGCAGAGGAUAGCCUGGAUGACUUGAGAAAUUCCAAGUCCUUUGCAUCUUUGCCUCCCUCCAGCAGGGAAGUUGAUGAAGAUAUAAAUCCUAUUGGCACUGCUAGUUCCUGCUUUGUGGAAUGUGAUGACGCAGAAGUCAACAGUAUGAGUGAACAAAAUAUUGAGAAACCUGAUCUGGAAUCUUCAGGGGAGUGUCCUUCUAGGGAUAGAGAGACCACCGGAUCAGUGAGAAACAACUCAAAUGUCAAUCCUAUGCCUAUAAUUUUUGCUACCGAUACAUCUAGUUCUAAAGAAGCAGAAAAGCUGGCCAUCGAAAAGAUUAUGCCUGGUCCAUAUGAUGCGCAUCAAGCCUUUCCAAAAGAACCUGAUGAGCUUGAAAAUGAUAUUGAGGAUAAAAAUCGAGUCAAGGAUUUUGGUAUGAACACGCAAACCAGAAACUUGGACUCUUCAAACUCAAGCUCAUGUGUGGCAGAAGAACCAGUUGUUUCUAAAACGGAAACCACUUGUUCAACUAAUCUAUACUCUAGUGGGGUCUUGGAGGAGCUUGAGCCUGCUGAGCUGACCGCGCCAUUGUUAAGUGGGACUCCUGCACCAGUGCCAGAGCGGAAGCCCCUUAUCAGAUUCAAUUUCACAUCCUUGGGGAAAGCUGCUGACAAAAGUUGUUAGACACUUCAAAACUCUAGAUGCAGAUAAGCUGGGGGUGUAAAUGGUCUUUCUAGUUCUUUCUUUGGUCUUGUAAUAAUAUUGAUACAGAAAAUAAACACCUAGAUAUAAAAGCCAUCAAUUCUUGCUUAUUUGUAGCAUGAGAAACUGUUGUAUAUGUAUUUCUGAGAAGAGUUUCAAUACUUACUUAAGAAGCCUAUUUUAUA